AUGAUAAGAAUAGGUUUACCUUAUGGUUAACCUUAUGGUUACUUUAUAGGAUCUUAUGAUCCUGUAGUGCCUACGAUAAUAGAUAUCAACAUUUUAAUUUGUUAUUUUGUUCAGUUUCAGGAAAUCACCGAGGUGGUGAGGAUGCGGCUCCUGUUAUGUCUCCUCGCAGUUGCCUGCGCACGGGCAAGGGAGCAUGAUGGCAGGGCCAAAAAGCAACCAUUUGUUGUGGAUGCCGUCGGUAAUACGUUACCACCACCGUCAAACGUUCCAGCAACAGUUGGAAGCCCAGUAAAUUUGCUAACUCCAGAUCGAUAUGAAUUUUAUACGUUCGAUGAAUCUGGAGAGUUAGUGAAAAGGCUGAUGACCCUUGAAGAGAUACAAGCAAUAGUGGCGGCAGGAGAAGAAGCAGAGGGUUUGGUUACUUUUGCCAAUGAUAAUCAACCAACAGCAGCAUUUAACUUCAGCCAACCUUCAUAUAAUAAAGUUCACAGUGUAGUCACUAACGUCCAAAAUGUCCUAAAAGCACAGAUGGAGGCACACAAAAAUAAUCCUAUACCUCAACCUACAUUAGAUACCCCUGAUGUCUCUGAUUCAUGGAGUUUAAUUUUACCAUCUAUAUUUGGUAACACCGGUCUUGAUAUUGUCCCUGAUAAAAUACCCAGUAUUGUCACCCCUCCGGAAACAGAUACAUUAGAAUUUAACGACUCCAGUCUAGAUAUUGAUUCCAUGAGUAAAGAAGGUGUUGCUGAUGUGCUGAGUAACUCAACAACAGCAAACUCUGAUGACAGUCUUAACCCUGUAACUUCUUCUACUGAAGAGAUCAAUACUAGUUCAGCUACAACAACAAAACUUAGUCCUACGAUUACUAAAGCAACUGUAACCACUACCACUACCACCACUACACCCUCAACGACGACGUCAACAAUACGAUCAACGUCGACUACGUCUAUCAAAACUACUACAACUCGAAAGCCUGUCAAAAAAGCUACUACGACGUCAAAACCACUCACAGUUAAAGCUUCAACUAAGCCCGUAACAAAGUUAACUACGGUUUUGCCUACAACGAAAGUCACUAAGCCACAUUCCACAACUAUAUCUAGCAAAGAUGUAUCUACAUCAACAACGUUACCAUUGAUAUCACCGGCUACAAAUAAAAUACGGGCAACAACAACGCGACCAAAAAUAACAAGUACGGUGGUAACUAACUCAGAUACAAAAUUAACCACACCGAAAACAGUUACAUCAACUAAAAAAAUUGAGAAGCAUACAUCUAAUAUAACGACACUUAAACCUCUUACUACGCUGAAAGAACAGACUGUACUUGAAACAACACAAAAGACGGUUGAAUCUAAUAUUAACAGAAUUGAAAUUUUAAAUGACAAUGCUGUAUCGGACAAAAAUACAGUAACUUAUGAAAAAAUAAAUACACUGAUUCCUAUUUCUACUGCUUUACCGGUUACAGAGAAAACAACACAAAAAGCUGAAUCUAAUAAACCAUUUGAAACAUACAUAAGCACAACAACGUUAACUGUUGAUACUACGCAAGAAAAAAAACACAUAACAUCUCAACCAACUCCGCCUGCGGUAACCACAUAUAAACCAACGACAGUAAAAUUCAACUAUGCCCCGUCAACAAUAUCGAAUCAAGAAUCUGAAAAAUCGAAUACCACUACUAUAACUACGCAAUCAGUAUCGCCCUCCACCACAGUAUCAUCAACUGAAUUUGUUACAGCAGAAAAUAUACAAAGCAGUGAAUUUUCAGGUACAAAACCCACCCAAGAAAAUGACGGUAGUGAAAACAACCAAUCAGACGUACCGUUGUUUGAUGUUGCACAGAGUAUAAGCCAAAUAGCAUCCGAUCUUGGUAGUAACUAUAUGCCUGUCCCUACUGUUAGUAAUUUAGUGGAUACGACAAAAGUCAAUCACAUAGAUUUGGAGAGCAAAGAAAAUUUUGAAAUAGAUAUUCUCUCAGAAAAUGAUACUGAUACUAAAAAUAGAAAUAUUACAGAAAACAAUAAUGACAACUUUGUCAAAAUAUCAAUGUUGGACCCUCACACUCAAGAUAAUGAUAACACUCCUACUGAAAAAGCAAUAUUUGACAAAACCUCAAGUUUAACACUGAUUGAUAUUACUGAAAAAAAUCCAAUGACUCCAGUAGAAAGUACUACCAUGGAUAAAAUUUUGUCUGAAUCAAUGGGAGAUCUUUUGUCUCAAGUAGUUAAUCAAGGACCGCAAUCUGUUAAAGAAUCAGAAAUGAAAUGGGAAAGUGAGAACAAAGCGACAACCACCGAAAAUAAUAUACAGAACUCCCUUAGUGAAAACUAUUCAGAGAUAACUACUAUGACUUCUGUGACUUUGGCGACAACUACUGGAAUUGAAAAAUCAGAAAACGAUAUUCCUGAUUUGGAAUUAAAUACUAAAAAUACAACAACAACGAUGUUUCAAAUAAAAGAAAUGCCAAUCACAGAAGGCACAAAUAUUUACUCUACAGAAAAAUCUGAAAUUGAAGAAAACACCAAUACUUAUGUAAAAAUUUCAAUUGCUAACAAUAAAAACGCAUCAGUUUCAGAUUCAAAAUUAGAAAAAGAGGUAUUUGUAAAUAAAAUAAUAGAGAAUAAUGACGUAAAGCAAACUGAAUCUACUAUAAAAGACAUUAUUGGGACCACCACAUCUAGUACUAUGAAAACUAUAUCAUUGAAUGAUGAAUUUAAUACAGCAAACAAUACUUUUCAAGAGAAAUUACAUAUUAACGAGACCAAAGAUUACAAAAAUGAAUCAUCAAUUGAAGGUUUUGUGAGUAACAAAAUUCACAAAGGACCUGAAACCAUGCACAAAAUAGAGGACUUCAAGAAAAAAAUUCAAAAAGUAAACAUUGAUGACAAAGAAUUAGUAAAUGAGCGCAAUAAUUCCUGGAAGUUGAUAUCUACAGUAUCUCCACCUAAGUCCAUUGAUGAGAUUUCAAAAAGUAAAAUAAAUAAUAACCGUAAACACCCCGUCGACAACAACGCGAAUAAAGAUAUAAUAUUGGAAUUUUCAAAAGAGAAUCAAGGAUUAGAAGUCACUACUAAGGAUUUGGAAGACGAUAUUGCUAAAUUCACUGAAUUAUGUAAUGAACUUGCUUUUAGAUAUUGGAAUACUUUAAUUGAGAAUAUUGAUAAAAGAAGGAGUUUUGUAUUAUCACCUUACUCCAUCACGUCAAUGUUGGCUAUGAUGUUUAUGGGUGCUAGAGGUGCCACUUCUGGGGAGAUGAACGAUAUUUUAAAAUUAGAUGAUAUGGUAACAUUUAAUCCUCACUUUACGUUAAAAAAUAUAUCCGAUUCUAUUGAAACUACCCCAGAAUCUGGAGUUAUUGUUUCUGCUUUUAUAAGAGAACUUUAUAGCGACCGAACAAAAGGCAAAAUUUUAACUUUUUAUAAGGAGAGGGCACAGCAGUUUUAUAGUGGACACGUGGAAGAGAUCAAUUUCAAGUUAAUUAGUGAUAUUAUUAGAAGACGGACUAACAUGUUGGCAAAAAGAUUCACUUGGGGUAGAAUACCAGAAUACAUGAAAGCUAAUACCAUUACCAUGCAACCACCUCUGGCAGCAUUUUCUGCCAACAUUUUCCAGACUGACUGUACAGGAUCAUCAGUAGAAGGCAGAGAUGGAGAAAUGUACUUUGUGGUUUCUCCAACGGUUCGUCAAAGGCGACUUGUUCCUGUUCCUGCCGUAGUUUAUAGAGGAGGCUUUUUGGCAGGUUAUGAUCCAGCAUUAGAUGCUACUGCUGCUGCUUUAGGAAAUACGAACUCGAUUAUAAGUACCCUAUUUGUCAUGCCCGGUCAACAAGGAAAUGUGGUACAUGGAGAAGAUUUAGAAGCACUUGAACGACGUUUGCUGGAAGCAAAUCCAACGACACCAGCAUGGAAUCGCCUUUUGCGUACUUUACUGCCUAGAAUAGGCCUCGAGCUUCAGAUACCUAGAUUUUCUCACAAGUCCAUUUUUAAUAUUUCUUCUACUUUAAAGAAUAUGGGAUUGAAAGAUUUAUUUGAUGCGGACCAAGCUGAUUUAGGAGGCUUAAACGGUCCGUCCAAAGACCUAUAUUUAUCGGAUAUGAUUCAAUCUACGACAUUUGUAACUUGUGGAGAAGGUGUCGUUAGUGAACAACAUCACUUAGAAGAAUAUCCAGAAUCGGUAGUAAACGUUGCCAGGCGGCGAUCUUCGAGAUGGGCUUCGGAUUGGGACGAACCCAGAGAUUAUCAACGAGCAUUCCAUGAUCCUCACGACGUGGGAGAAGCUAUGCAUUUACCGCUACAUCUCCGUCCAAGACAGGCGCGUCUUCCAUCGAGGAAUGCUCAACCAGCUAGAUUAAAAUUUGACAGACCUUUCUUAUACUUUGUUAGACAUAAUCCUACCGGUAUGAUCUUGUAUGUCGGUCGGUACAACCCACGGCUCCUACCUUGA